GCCGCCGGCAUCGGCGUCCAGUGCCGCGUCAGCAUCAUCCAGGAAGCCGUCCACAGGCGCCGGGCAACGGAUUUGGCAACGUGGUCAGUGACGUGAGGAUAGAAUUUUUCGUUGUUCGAGUAUUGUUUUGGUUUUAGGCUGUUUUUUCGACCUGAAGGGACUAAUUGAAAAUGUGACAUACGAGGAGACUGUCAUCUAUCUUCAAAGUCCAUUCUGUUUACUAUGCACAGUACAGAAAAUGGUUCAGAAUCCAGAGUGGAUCAUCCCGGAGUGACGGUCAGAGCGGCAGGUCUCACUGUUUCCGGGCCUUCCCCGGUCCCGGUUUCCACAGCGACCAACGGCGCAUGCUCCGGCAGUGCUGCGCCGGCCAAAGACUGCGCAUCGUGCGGCAAGCGCAUCACCGAGCGCUUCCUGCUCAAGGCCAUCGACCUAUUCUGGCACGAGGACUGUCUCAAGUGCGGUUGUUGCGACUGUAGAUUAGGGGAAGUGGGUUCUACGCUCUACACCAAAGCCAAUCUCAUACUGUGCAAAAGAGACUACCUCAGGUUAUUUGGAACAACUGGAUAUUGCGCAGCGUGUAACAAAGUGAUUCCAGCCUUCGAAAUGGUAAUGCGCGCGAAAAACAACGUGUAUCACUUGGAGUGUUUUGCGUGUCAACAGUGCAAUCAUAGGUUCUGCGUUGGUGAUAGAUUCUACCUUUGCGAGAACAAAAUCCUUUGCGAGUACGACUACGAGGAAAGACUGGUUUUCGCCAAUAUGGCGUACAAUCCUAGCAGUUUAGCGCACAUACGAAGACAAGUUAGCAAUUUACAGGGGGCGGCUAUAGACCGCCCUUUUUGCUGUUCCUCGCUAAGUUCCGGUUCCUGUUGCAGCGAGAAGACUUUGGGAGGGCGACAGCAGCCGCCCACUAGCAGCCUACCAUUAUCAGACACAAGCAGCGGAUAUGGUAGUCCAGAUUCUACAACUUUAGACCUUCCCAACUGAGCUACAAGCCGAGGAUGACAGAUUCUGUUGAAGAAAUCGUCUGAAUAUUUGCCAGAGCCUCCCGUUGACAUGACCAAAAACUGCAAAAAUAAAUAAAAAAAUGUCCAAUAAAAAAUAUAUAGUUCUUCUCACGGAACUAUUUCUUAUGUAUGUAACAUUUGACAGGUUCAAACAGAAAAUAUUGUAUGAUUGAAAAAAAGUCGUCAGCGAUGGCUAUGAAAUGAAGAUCGCUGUCAUUUGGCAUGUGAAAUUAUAUGGGGAAUGUCAUCGAUUGUCAUUUCUAAGCCAACUGGACUUAAAUUUGUUUAAAAGUAUUACUAAUUUUGAUUGCUUUGACAGAUACUGUGAUUCGUCAUAUUGGAAAAAUUUAUUGGAACAAUGGCAUUUUUAUCAUCGUUCUGGACUUAUUAAUUUAUCUGAAUAAAAAUAUUUUUUUUUUAAAGUUUGUAUCAAGAUUUUAAAAUCUUUCCUACGUAUAGAUACAUUAGAAAUGUAUCGCACUGUAUAUAUUAAAUACUCUGUAAUAUAUAAAGAUAAACCGAAAAUUUCUUUU